GCCGGGCGGGGCGGGCGGAGGUUAGAAAUAGGGAGAGCGGGCCGCGCCACCGAGCCGCCAGCCUCAAACACGCUGCGCAGCGAGCGGCCGCACUCGCACCCGCACCCAUGCUGCUGACGCUGGCCAGCGGCGCGCUCUUCUUCCCGGGGCUCUUUGCGCUCAGCACUUGGGCGCUGCGCCGCUCGCGGCCGGGAUGGACCGACGACGACUGCCUGACGGUCGGCACCAGGCUGGUGUCCUCGGUGCAGGCAGUGCUGGCCACCGGGGCGGGGCUCAUCAUCAUCUGCUCCUGCAGCAACGUGGUCUCAGACAGGCACUGGCUUGCCAGAGAAUAUGUCUGGUUUUUGAUUCCAUACAUGAUCUAUGACUGCUAUGCCAUGUACCUCUGCGAAUGGUGCCGAACAAGAGACCAGAAACUCAGAUGGGCCACCAUUUUCCGAAACUUCCUGAUUGAAAACCGCCUAAUGGUCACACAUCAUGCAGUCAUCCUGUUUGUCCUUGUACCUGUUUCACAGAAACUCCGGGGAGAACUUGGAGACUUCUUUGUUGGCUGCAUCUUCACAGCAGAACUGAGUACUCCAUUUGUGUCGCUGGGCAGAGUUCUGAUUCAGCUAAAGCAGCAGCAUACCCUCCUUUAUAAAGUCAAUGGAAUCCUCACGCUGUCCACCUUUCUGUUCUGCCGGAUCCUUCUUUUUCCCUUCAUGUACUGGUCCUAUGGCCAACACAAAGGACUAAGCCUGCUCCGAGUGCCAUUUAAUAUUCCUUUGCACUGCAAUGUGGCCAAUGCCAUCCUCAUCUCUCCCCAGCUCUACUGGUUCUCACUGCUGUGCAAGAAGGCAGCCCGGCUCUUUGACACUGCCAAAGCCAAAAAGGAUGGUUAAUUACUCUCAGGAGUCAGGCACUCACACUAACUGCCUCCUCUACUCAGUAUUCCAAGGACCAAAUUGUGCCUGGGUUGCUUUUUUCUAGAUAUUGAUAAGCCUCUGGAUUUGAGGUAUUCUUUUUAAGAAUCCCCAUUACCUCCCCCUUCUAACUGCUCCUUUUGCAAAAGCACUUUUUCCCCCCUGGAGAUAACUUGGAUACUGUCAAACCUCCACUGCAGCAAAGUAGCUUUAAUGCAAGCCUGAGGAGCCUUCCUUGGGUCAAGCUAUGACAAGAGCUCUGGGAGGUGAAGCACUGCUAUCCCCACUCAGGGCAAUAUCCAUAAUACUGGGCCAGAAGCAAGUGACAGCUUGGUUCUUGAAGUAGUGUCAUUUUCCCAACACUCAGAAAACCAUUGUGAGUGUAUAGUCUUUUACUGUUUACUAGACAGCCGCUGGUCCUCUCAACUGAGUAUCAACAAUGAACUCUCAUCCUACUGACCUCUAGUCAGAAGGGCUCAAUGACAAUGGGCAAGAGGCAGGGCUGAGAACCUGAAGCACUUGAGUAGGUCAGGAGGCCAGCAGAGGCCAGCAUCUCUGCAGGCUGACUUGGUAUAAAGACCAAUAGCACAAAUGUGAGCUUGUUUUAAACAGUCACUAACACUAUUCCCUUUUUAGCCUAGCCUCUCAUACCCAGUGUUCUUUGUGUCCACACAGAAAGCUGGCCUAGAACUCCAAGGGCAAAGUGGAGUGAUGGCUUCUGUAGUGGUUUACUGGGUCAUCCUACUCUGACACUGCCCUUUUCAUUCAAAAUGGAUACAGAUGUCUGCACUCCGACCCUUGAGAUCUCAUCCAGGCCACCGCCUCUAGCGCUUCCUGGAGAGACCCAUUUCUGUGUUAAAGUAGCCAGUUAGCCACAGAAGACUAGAGAACAUGAGGGCAGCCACGCUGGCCAGAGCAUGUCCUGUGGACCAGUGUGGUAGCUGUGUGCAGUGGUGUAGCACUGAUCUCCCUCACAACAGGCUGGGUUUGAGAGGACCUGCUGGCACUUCUUUUAGGUGACAGCAAAAACACUACAGGUGCCUUAUAAUUCACUGUCCACGGACUUUUAAAGGACUGGAGGAUUAUGUCUCCAAGUUUUGAAUUUCAGUCUUUAAUAGG